AUGGAAUCCCCGUUCUUCGACGGCGCAGAGCCACAACCGAAACCCGCAAGCUUCCAGGGCCGCCUGCAGCUUCAAGAUUUCAUGUUCAAACACGAGUCCCCGUCCCCAGCAGCAUCGCCGUCGCCGUCGCCACUUCGCCGUAGCCCCCGGAAACAAACCCCACACGGCGGCCCCGUCGUCCGCUCGCCAGCCCGGGUCACCAAACCUACCAGCAGCACAUCGCGGAAGGUGAAGGCGGAACCACCCUCGACCGCCGGCGACGAGGAAGACACAUCACUACGACGCAUCCCACCGCGCAACACAGCAACAAAAGCGAAGCGCAAACGCCAGGCAACCGGCUACGCCCCGCCCUCAACCUACGCGCACCUCUCCCCGCUGGUCGACAUCCUCGCGCCCAACCUGCUCAUCCUCUUCGUCGGCCUCAACCCGGGCCUGCAGACGGCGCGCUCCGGCCACGUGUACGCGCACCCGUCCAACCUCUUCUGGAAGCUGCUGCACUCCUCGGGCAUCACGCCGCGGCUGUGCGCGCCGCAGGAGGACCGCGAGCUGCCCGCGCUGUACGGCCUGGGCAACACCAACAUCGUCGCGCGGCCGAGCCGCAACGGCGCGGAGCUCAGCAAGGCGGAGAUGGACGAGGGCGUCGGCGUGCUGGAGGAGAAGGUGCGAGGGUGCAGGCCCGAGACGGUGUGCAUUGUGGGAAAGAGCAUCUGGGAGAGUAUCUGGCGGGUGCGGCACGGCAAGGGGGUCAGGAAGGAGGAGUUCCGGUACGGGUGGCAGGAUGAGGGCGAGAAUAUGGGUGUUGUGACGGAAGGUGACGAGGAGGGGCGGGAUACUUGGGCUGGUGCGAGAGUGUUCGUUGCGACGAGCACGAGCGGUCUUGCUGCGACCCUCCGGCCGGCGGAGAAGGAGAGGAUUUGGCGGAAGCUGGGAGAGUGGUGCGAGACCCGGAGGGCCGAAAGAGAUGCGGCUUGUUGA